AACCCACAACCUCAUGUUUACCGGGCGAGGUAGUUAACAUCUCGCCACCAUGGCGCCGGGGUUGCCACCUCUGAAUGCCAUGAUCCAUUCGGGCAAUUGUUGCCAACGAUGCAUUAACCAUUAGUUGACUACAGCAACUCGGGUGGGCAACGGAAUGGGGUGACAAGAGUUCUCUCGAGCCAAUCAAAGUAAACCUUGAUGAAAGGUUAUCUGACCAAUGAAUAUUUUACGGACUGGAAAUGAACCUGCUUAUUAGGCAUGGGGUAGGCCUAGUGCUAGCCACUAGUUGAUUAGGGAUGGGGUAGGCAUAGUACCGGUCACGAGUUAGGUGAGUCAUUCCUCUACGCAGUCCAAUCUUACCAGUGAGCAAUAACGCAUACCCAUUACCCAAUGAUGCGAGACACAGGUUGGUGAACUGUGCCCAGAUCACUGUGUGCAUGAGAUCAUCUACUGACCGCCAGAUAAUUUAGUCUUCGCAAGACGACGCUUGCCUAUGUUUGUACACUGUUGGGGGUUUUUAUCCCUUGGUUUUUCACAGUCAUGUUGGCUUCCUCCCCACAAGGAACACAGCCAUCAACCUACUGUUCACCAUCGUGGGGAACCACGAGCAGCACAAAUAACUAGGACAAGAGACCACCUCAUUAAAAAGUGAAUACAUUCUUCAUUGCUCUAGCCUCCGGGCCUUGUUUUAAUAAUUCACAAAAUGACCAAAUAAAUUCAGGAUCCUCCUGAAAAUGAUUUUGUGUUGAACUUCCUUCGCAACCGCACGUAGCCCUACCGUGCGAAUCGGAGGCGCGGGAACUCAUCGUAGGCGCUGCGUGGAUGUGCUCGCAGGAGCUAUACGAGCCGUUUAUGGGCGCACCGUGUAAAGUGCAUCUCGCCCCGCAGACGGACUGCUGCACUACCUGAAGGGGUUGCGAGCUCCUGGACGCUCCUGUCUACUGGGGCUCACUCUCGCCGACCUGUACGCUGGGAACUCCGCCGACUUCGUCUUUGAGAAGUGCCUGCCCGCAGAAGGUGCCUGCAAGCCAUGGCCCAGACCAGCGCCACGGUCCGUUCAUUAACAUUGGCAUCAGUGCCGCGUUGUUUUGACACUGGUACCUAGUGGCGUGUUGUCCGUCAUGGAUCAGAGAUGAUAAUGAUAAUAAUAAUGAUGUCACGGCUCGAAAAUAAGUCACCGGCAUUUGAGUACAAGUGUCCGAGGCAGGUGCUAGUAAGACGGGAUAAAGCGUGGCAGUCGUGGGGCACGUGUGCAGGCUGGGGGCAAGGCCAAUUUCCGAGAAAAAAAAUCGGAAUGGUCUCCACGGGUCCAAUGAUUGAAGGUAAGACCUAUAGCCGGACGGCGAGAUACCGUUAGGGCAGAUCUUAGGAGGUUGCUCAGUAACCGAGCAACAGUCUUGGGAUCUGACAGACGGUAGAAAAUGCUUACAGGGUGUGACGCCAUCGCUGGCUUUGGCCAUGAUCACAUUUUCAUCUUGACCUUGUCUAGCAUUGGCUUCACAGUGCCAUAGCCUGCAACGUUGGCACCAGUGCCGUAUUCUAUAACGACGGUACGUAGCGCCGUAGUCAAGAUUGUACGCGAGAAUUCGCCAAUGUCUCCAACACCACCGCUCCACACUCACUCUCGUGACCACGGUGUCUCCAACACCACCGCUCCACACUCACUCUCGUGACCACGGUGCAGGGGUCGCCGUGUGCAGCCUGGCGCGACUCGACCCGGACUUCGACAAGCGGCUGCGUGAGGCCGGUCAUAAACAGCGGCCUCCUCCAUGGCCGGGCCUCACCGUCAUGCCCCGGCAUGCCAAGGAGCUCCCCAUGGGAGGCCCAUGGUGGCAGCGGCAGCAGCAGCAGCAACGGAAGCAACAGGAAGAUAGAGAGCAGAUUCAUAAUCAGAAGCACAAUCAAGGGCAGCAGCAAAAGAAUCAACAGCAGCAAGCGCAAGAUCACCUGCUGCAGCAAGAACACCUGCAGCAGCUGGAGCGGCAGCAGCAGACAAAUCCAGAUCGACAACACAAUCACCAAGAGCAAGAUUGCCACCAACAAGACCAAUAUGAUUUGUCGCAGAAACAAAAUCAACAGCUAGAUGAGCAUGCUCAGAAACAGCAAGAACAGCAGCAGCCUCAAGAUCAACUUGUCAAUGAAUAUGAGCAACGAUACCACCAACAACAACAGCAGCAGCAGUCGCCACCUCUGGGAAGUGACCCCACGGCGCCGGAUCGCGAUGCCGAUGCAAGCGAUGACCACUACGAGAAGGAGGAAGAGGAGGCCUGGUGUCGGCCCAGGGGGCCGCAGGGCCCGUGGGCGGACGCGAGCCUCUUGCGGCGCUACUCGCCCGCCGUGGUGGGACUCCUGCAGGCCCGUCUGGACCCUGCGCGGAGCGGCGACGGCGCUUGGUUCGCUGGCCUCUCCCUGCCCGCCACGCCGGGCGGUGACUUCCUCCUGCACUCGUGCAAGGCGGUGGUGCACGUGGCGUGCCACCUGCUCGGCAUGGCGCACUGCCGCUGGCUCGCGUGCCUCAUGCAGGGCGCGCGCAGCGCGGCGAUGGCGCGCGCCCGCCCGCCGCACCUGUGCCCCGUGUGCCUGCACAAGCUGCACCACGCGGCCGCCUUCCGCCUCGCCCCGCGCUACCGGUGUCUGCUGGAUUGGGUUCGCAGCCAAACGACGCCGGACGACAACGAGCGGACAGGCGACUCAGACGACCUCACACCCCCACGAGCGCAGCAGUGCGGCGACAACAGCGGCAGCACCGGCCGGCAGCCGACCGAGAGCGCCGAGCACACGGCCACAGCGGAGGAGAGACGUGGCAGUCCGGCGAGCCACGAACACCGCACGGCCACAGCGGAGGAGAGACGUGGCAGUCCGGCGAGCCACGAACACCGCACGGCCACAGCGGAGGAGAGACGUGGCAGCCCGGCGAGCCACGAACACCGCACGGCCACAGCCGAGGAGAGACGUGGCAGCCCGGCGAGCCACGAACACCGCACGGCCACAGCGGCCGAGGACGGCGUCCUGCGAGACGCGGGGGACUCUGCGGCGAUGGACGCCGGCGAGCGUGGCUCUCUCGUCUCGUUCGAGCGCUGGCUGCUCGCUUGCCUGGACCAGCUGCGAGGAGACGACGAAGCCGGCGACGGCGGCGGCGCAGAGGACGGCGGCCAAGAGGCGGAGGGACUCGACGAGACGCCGCCCGACUGGGACCGCGCGCUGGAGGAGCUGCGGGAGAGAACGCGGCAGAGUCGCGCGAGGCGCGGCGAGGCUGAGGCCGGGGCUAAGGAGGUGGACGGCGGUGGCGGCGGGAGCCUCCGGGGGUUUCUCAACGCCCGGGUGUCCACGCUGAGGCGACAGCUCAAGGGCAACAGCAGCUUCCGUCAGAUGGCGGAGGUGCGGAGCAUCGCGGAGAAGUCCUGCAAGAGCCUCAGGGCGAAGCUGAGCGUCAGCGACAGGAAGGCGCUGCACGGCGCCGCCAGUCAGAACUCGGGAAUUUCCAGGGACAAAUGCAGGAAGCCGGACCAGUAGAGCGAUGCACCAAACCUCCUGCCCUCUCUGUGCUCAAAACGCCAUGAAAGGCGUCUGUCCGGGUGGUGGAAAAUGUUCACUUCGAUACGACCAAAGUCAACGUUUGAUACGAUCGAUAAGCCGUCAGCCUUGCAGUCUCGCUGCUUGAUGGGAGGUUAUGCGACUUGGGAGUAAUACAUUCCUCGAUCGAUAAUCCGUUCAAUUACUACGCCUUGCCUAAAAUAGUUUGGGGGGGGGGGGGGUAGGAUUCUCAGCAACACCCCCAAGGCAUGCCGCUGGAUGGGAGCUGGACGGGACUGGCUAUGUCAUCGGCAUCGGCCGCGCCACGCCUCGCGUAGCUUGUCGGGCUGGGGGGGGGGGGGGGGUCAUCGCUGUCAAACCCUGUACAAGAAUACGGUGUAUGACCCCGUAUUCUUGUACAGGGAAAUUGAGAGUUCAGGUCCAAUUGAGAGUUCAGGUCCACACGGCGCACAGCCGUUUUCAAUACCGGCAAUGUGUUGUUGUCUAUUUGUUUGCAUUUCUUCCCUUGUGAUGGGACUUUGUAGGAUGAACGUUGUGAUUUAUAAGGGUACAGGGUGACCAAUAAGGUCUGUAAUAAGGUAGGGCACCGAUAAGGGGUUGACACGUAUGGGGGUUUCCCACCUUCGUGAAGCGAGAUUUUGAGGCUGUCGCCAUUUUUUUAAGGAUGUCGAGUAAGUGACGACCACAAAUGCAGCGGAUUAUUUAUAACCGACUAAUCAACCGAAUGGACAAUGCGUCCCAGCUGUACUUUGAAUACAAAUUGCAGAUUGUUUUUCUUUCGUUCUAAAACCAGCCCUUGUGACAUCCCCCCACAAACCCAGAUUAGAUCAUUACCAUUCGUCUUCAUCCACAUGCCCAUCAUAGCCGCUGUGGUACACGCAUCACCACAGGGUUGGUAAUAGCAGGAAACUGGGCCUCGAGAGACAGUAACUGCGCGGGAGGACGAGAAGAAACACGAGGUUCGGUGGGACUCCAGUCGGGUUGAGGGCUCCCUCUUCUGGCCAAGUUAUUUGCGGAGCCAGGGCUUGUGUCUUCACGAACGCUGCGUUGUAACACGCCCCACACGGGCGGAUCAUUGCAACGGUUUUAGAGGCGCAGCACUGCACGGUUGAGGUCUGGGAAAUGACGAGCGGUCAGUCAAUACGCGUAGCCUUUUUUUACGAAACAUGACAAUACAAUCUACUGUAUUUUUUUAAAGCCAAUACAUUGCGGUUUUGCCCUGUUUGGAGAUCUGUGCCACGUUAUGAAUCCACAUACAUUUAUGUUAGAAUAUUAUCCACUUCCAAUUUGUGAAUUGUGCCCAGACCAAAAUAAGACAAUUUCUCGAUAGACAACGUUCGUCAAUGUGCAACAAAU